GUUGGCGACCGGGCUCCUCGUUUGAAGCCGCAUUCUCGUGAAGGGGAGGAUGGAGGCGGCGUCAGGGGAUCCGCGCGCGUAGCAUUCAGCCUUCGCAGGUGCCUUUAUGGUCCAGAUUCGGAACGACAACGUCUGUUUCUCUGCGUUUUGAAAUUAGGUAUUGUAUAGUAUAGCCUAGCUGUCUGCUUUAUUUUGAUUUUAUUUUUUUUCCCCUCUCCGCUCAGCACACACAAUGCUGGGUUUAAAACGCUUGUUGAAAAGCUGGCGACAUUGUCUGCGGACUUUAGGACCACGGAGACAAAUGUAUAAGCAGCGAGGUUUGUGAGCAUUCACACAGCACCAGUAAGGAGGAAAACCCCAUCGGAUCGGGUAUUGCUGGAUACUUGUGAAAUAUACAUAGAUAUACAGUCCUCUCUGCUGCGCGCCGAACCGAAGACUGCACAUUUACAUUGGGGAUGGUCGGUAACGCAUAGCACGUCUAGAGCGUCCAUAAUCAACAGUCAUCGUCAUAAAACAACCGGACUUCUUUGGUUUCUAAUAUUGUCCUUCAGUUUCUCUCCAUCUUUUCCUCUUUGAUAAUCUUUUAAUUGAUAUUCUGUUUUCCCCACCCGUGGAUCGCGUUUAUCGAAAGGAAGCCGCACCACCAGGCAGAAAAUAUGCUUGUUUCUAUUGGAUUAAACCACCGUUUGGACAACUUGGCAAUUGCGUGAAUGGGAUAUUCGACUGAAAUAUCAUUUUUCACCUGCACACGCAAGACGGGGGGAAACGUGCUAUUUUUGCUGAUCCGGCUUUGUGAUGGUCAUAGAUUUUUUUAUUGACUGACGGAAUCGGACCAUUUCGAUAGCUGGUUUGCAGGACUGUAGGACGGGUGGAAAAUGAAAGCUCCCAUUCCUCUCCUGAUCCUGCUCUACUCCACCAUCGCCCAGAGCUUGAAGGUCGUGUCCAAGCGAGGUUCAGUGGACGGCUGCACGGAUUGGUCGGUGGACUACUUGAAAUACAAAGUGCUUGUCGGGGAGCCGGUGCGGAUUAAGUGCGCGCUGUUUUACGGAUACAUCCGGGCGAACUACACGCACGCCCAGAGCGCGGGACUCAGCCUGAUGUGGUACAGGAGCUCGGGGCACGGAGACUUCGAGGAGCCCAUCUCGUUCGACGGCGUCCGGAUGAGCAAAGAGGAGGACGCCAUCUGGUUUCGGCCGGCGGAACUGCAGGACAUCGGCCUCUACUCCUGCGUGCUCAGGAAUUCCACGUACUGCAUGAAGGUGUCCAUGUCCCUGAUCGUGGCGGAGAACGACACUGACCUCUGCUACAACUCCAAAAUGCGCUACUUCGAGAAGGCGGAGCUGAGCAAGAGCAAGGAUAUCACCUGCCGAGACAUCGAGGACUACACGCAGUCUGCAAAGGACCCCGAGAUUGUGUGGUACAAGGAGUGCAAGUCCAAACAGUGGAGGGAAAGCAUUUUGCUGAAGAAGGACACCCUCUCCAUCCGCGAGGUCCACGAAGACGACAUUGGAAAUUACACGUGCGAGUUACAGUUCGGAACCUUCGUGGUGCGGAGGACCACUCAGCUGACGGUCACAGCGCCCUUGACGGACAAGCCGCCGAAGAUUCUCUUCCCGUCCGAGAACAAGAUGACUGCCAUGGAGAUACAGAUCGGUAAGAUUGUGGGGCUUCCCGCGUUCAUUUCCAGGCCGGAGGUAAUCUUCUCGCUGAUACGAGAUGGGAGACGUGAGGACUCCGGUGAAAAGAGUGCGGUUCCAUUAGCUCUGUGGCUAGUUCCCAUGGAAAUGACCCUCUCGAAGAGGCUGCUCCCCACCUGCGCCGCCCUCAGCACCACGGUGAUGGACCUGCCUGUGGCCAGACGGACCCUCACUUUGAUAAUCUUCCUGAGCUCUUCCUGCCCUCAGCUUUACCUGCACAAAAACAAGGACUACGACGCGUACCUGUCCUACACCAAAGUGGACCCGGACCAGUGGAGCCAGGAAACGCGCGAAGAGGAGCGUUUUGCGCUGGAGAUCCUGCCCGACGUCCUGGAAAAGCAUUAUGGGUAUAAACUCUUCAUUCCAGACAGAGAUUUGAUCCCGACAGGAAGUUUCACCAAUGAUCAUUUCCAGGAUGAUACAAGACUCCUUAGAGCGUACAUCGAGGACGUGGCGCGCUGCGUGGACCAGAGCAAGCGCCUGAUCAUCGUCAUGACGCCCAACUACGUGGUGCGGCGCGGCUGGAGCAUCUUCGAGCUGGAGACGCGGCUGCGCAACAUGCUGGCGACCGGCGAGAUCAAGGUGAUCCUGAUCGAGUGCGCCGAGCUGCGCGGCAUCAUGAACUACCAGGAGGUGGAGGCGCUCAAGCACACCAUCAAGACGCUGACCGUCAUCAAGUGGCGCGGCCCUGCCAGCAGCAAGCUCAGCUCCAAGUUCUGGAAGCGGCUGCGCUACGAGAUGCCCUUCCGCCCCGCCGAGCCGGGCGCCGCCCGCGAGCCCGUGCUGGACGCCAGCGAGCAGGGCCCGUUCGGCGAGCUGCAGACCGUCUCCGCCAUCUCCAUGGCGGCCGCCACCUCCACCGCCAUGGCGACGGCCCACCCGGAGCUGCGCUCCACCUUCCACAACACCUACCACACCCAGAUGCGGCAGAAACACUACUACCGCAGCUACGAGUACGACGUGCCGGCCGGCGGCACCCUGCCCUCGUCGCUGGGCAACCAGCACACCUACUGCAACAUCCCCAUGACUCUGCUCAACGGCCAGCGGCCGCAGGCCAAGUCGCCGCGGGAACAGAGCCUGGAGGAGGCGCACGCCAACAACGCCAUGCUCCCGCUGUUGCCGCGGGAGACCAGCAUCUCCAGCGUCAUCUGGUGACGGCGCGGAGAGCGGGGCGGGGCGGGGACGGGA